AUGGCCGACACAAAAGAACUCGCUCAAACCUACACCGCCGUCAACAACACACAAUAUGACGCCGGCCUCUUCCUCCUGAAAAAGCUCGGGCUGGAGCCAGGCAUGCGCGUCCUGGACGUCGGAUGCGGGCCUGGCAACAUCACAUCCUACUUGGCCGACGUGGUCGGCGCAAGCGGCGAGGUGGUGGGCGUCGACCCCAGCGAAGAACGCAUCGAGCUGGCGCGGGCCAAGAUCACGGCUGCUCCGGGCGACGGCGGGGCGGGCACCGGGGCAAGACUGUCGUUCCACGUGGGCACGGCAGAAGACCUCUCCCGGUUCGCGACGGGCAGCUUCGACGCCGUCUACUGCAACUCGACGCUGCACUGGGUCCGGGACCAGCCGCUGGCGCUGCGGGAGUUUGCGCGCGUGCUCAAGCCCGGCGGCCGGCUCGGGGUCUCGGGCCAGUCGGGCGACUUUGUGGCCGCGCACGAGGCCAUCCAGAAGACGGUGCUGAGCCGCGACCCGUACAGCGCCUACGACCACAGCGUCGGGGCGCCGCGCUUCCUCAAGAAGGCCGAGAUGGAGUCGCUCCUGGACGCGGCUGGAUUCGCCGACCGCAACUUCACCAUCAACACGAUAUACAAGUCGGCCAAGAAUGGCGAUGAGAUGAUUUCGUGGUUGGAGAGCAGCUCCUCCGGCAAGACGUACGGGGGUAUCCCUGUGGACAUGCGCCCGCAGGCGCGCAAGGAGAUGCUGGUAGAGUGGGACAAGCUCACCACGGAUGAGGGGCUCAAGAUGCAGCUUGAUCUGCUUGUUACUGUAGCCUUCAAACCAUAG